CUCAGGAAGUGGGGAGGGUUGUCUAACCUCGCUUGCCGGAAGUGCUUUUCCGCAGUACCAAGCGGAUCUUGCAGUUCAGCUUUCCACCUCCUCGCGCGACGCUGGCAACAACAUGCUUCUGAUUCAGAUGCUCCACUGAGCUAUAAAAAUACAUUAAUCAGAACUGUGUGGCAUCUUCCUAAGCAAGACUUUCAAUGGGGCCCACCAUGGUUCACUUCAUCCAGAAGUUUUCUCGAGCAUCUUCAAAGAUGCUGAAGUACCCUUCCACAAUCAGACUAGGAGCCAGAAGGAGAAUAGAAACAUUUUCUCUCAAAACAUGCCUCCAGCAGAACUUUUCCCCUUUGUUUCCAAGGCCUUGGCUUGUCUCAUCAUUUCCAGUGUGUAUGAGCAAGACACAAUAUUAUCACACUUCCCCAUGCAGCUUUAAGAAGAAGCAAGAGCAAGCAGUACUUCCAGCCAGGCCACCACAAACCAUCAGUUACCUGCCUGACAGCCCGAAGCCAGCAUUAUACAUAACUCUGGCAGGACUAAUCCCCUUCAUUGCUCCACCACUGGUCAUGGUGAUGACAAAGACUUAUAUUCCCAUAUUAGCUUUUACUCAGAUGGCUUAUGGAGCCAGUUUCCUAUCUUUCUUGGGAGGGAUCAGAUGGGGUUUUACUCUGCCACAAGGUAGUCCAGCCAAACCAGACUUCCUCAAUUUAGCUAAUAGUACAGCUCCUGUUGUGUUUUCAUGGCUUGCGUUCUUUGUUUCUGAAAGACUCAGUGAAGCUAUAGUCACAGUAAUAAUAGGUUUGGGGAUAGCAUUACACACUGAACUUUUUCUCUUGCCACAUUAUCCCAAUUGGUUCAAAGCCCUGAGGAUAGUAGUCACUUUAGUGGCCUUUUUUUCAUUUGUAAUCACUUUACUAGUUAAAGAUUUUUAUCCAGAGAAGGGACCCAAGAGACUUAGGCAAGUAGAAUAAAUAUAAAACUACUCUGUAGAUGACGUUAGCAUGUUGGCUAGAAGCCUUGUAAGGUUGUGUUUUGGCAUCACCUUUUUCUACCUCUCCAGUUCAGCUCUUUUUUUCCCACCAGUGGUGAUUUAUUCCCAAAUUAUUUUUCAUUUCUAGAAAUCUUUAUUUUAUAAGGAAUCACUGAGAAACAGCUUGAAAACCCUUAAGUCCUUUUCAUGUUAUAUUAGGUUAUAGUUCUCAUUCAGUCUUUUUAUGAACUUUAUAGUCAUCCACUUAAAAAUUUCAAUGUUUUAAUUGUUUUGAAAAAUGUAAAUUAAAAGAUGAAAAACCUU